AUUGUCUGAGGGCAGUCCACUGACUAGCUCUCUAGAAGUUUCCUGAGACAACGGACUUGGAACAUAUUUCUGUUUCCUCUUUGUAAGGUUGUGGAGCAGCGUUGUAACUGUCUAAGAAAUCUCUGUGUGGUCUGCUGCCUGCACCACUCAGCAUGGACCCAAAGAAGAAGACUGUGUGGGAGAACCUGCGUGAGAAGACCAAGACCCAGUUCAACAACAUAAAGAAGAAGAAGACCCCUGGGAAACUGGAGAAGAAGAAGCCCAAGCCCCUGCAAUACAGGCGCAGUAUAUCAGUGCCGGACCUGAGGUUUGUUCAGGCUGAACCCUCUCCCACAGACAGUGCCUUCUGCACAGCCCCAGACGCCAUCUUCUUUGACAGCUCUUCAGGCUCCGGUGAUAAUACCUCUGUUAACUCAGUCCCUCUAUCCACUGACAGGCUGACUGCAACUGAUGCAGGCCCCUCAGGUAGAAAGACUGUGCAUGAUUUGACUUUCAUAGAUAACAUGAAUGUAUCUGGAUCUAGAAUGAUUGCACCUGUGGAGACACAAACUCUCUAUGAAGAAUCUGAAGAGGAGGACAUGGCAACCUUUAUGGGUGGAAUCCACAUGCCAUUAGACAAACAAAACACACCUGCAGAGAGAUCUACUUCCUAUGCUUCUUCUUCUUCAGCAGACAGAGUAAAAACAGCAGUGGACAGAGGAAAGCCACCCACCCCAAGAUCAAAUUCUCCACAUAUUCCUGUGCCCACACCAAGAUUGGCUGCUUCAGUAGAGAGAAUGAAUAUUUCUACAGAAAGAUUGUUCUUCUCUAAAGACAGAGUGGUCACUUUUAGCGACAAAGUGAGUGCAUCUGCUGAAAGAUCUGCCUCUUCUGUCUCAGACCAAACAAACCUGGUUACAGAGAGACUGGCUGCUUCCAGGGAGCGAGGGAAACUACCAGCAGAAGUUAGAUGGUCUGUUCCUACAAAUCCACUUGACAGACUGAACAUCUCUCCAGAUAGAUGGUCUCUGCCAGUGGACAGGGCAGACAGAAUGGGCACCCCGGACAGGAUGGGCACCCCGGACAGGAUGGGCACCCCUGCAGACAGUGGGGACGGUUCUGUGUGUGGAACCCCGUUCGAGGAACAAGCCUACUCGUUCUGGCCCAUUGACUCUGAGGACCUGGAUAUGAGGGAGCCCUCCCUCUCGACAAACAUCAGAGACAUCUUCUGCAGGGAGCCCCAGGAAGACAUUGAGUUACCCAAUGAGCACAAUGACUUCUAUGCCCAGCCCUUGCAGGGUCAAGCAGGCAACAAUGCUGUGGCAGCAAGGGGCCCACCUGGUCCUAUCCAGAAGUACCUCCUCACCGUCAACCUGAAGGAGGGCAGGAACCUGGUCAUCAGAGACCGCAAUGGUACAAGUGAUCCUUAUGUCAAGUUCAAACUGGAAGGGAAGACGAUUUACAAAAGCAAAGUUGUGAAUAAGAACCUAAAUCCAAAAUGGAGCGAGUCCUUCUCCUUCCCCCUGCAGGAUCGAGAGCAGGUUGUUGACGUGAGGGUCUAUGAUAAGGACCUAACCACUGAUGACUUCAUGGGUUCCAGCACGAUUGUCAUCAAAAACCUUGAAUUAGACAAGACCGGUGAGAUGGUGUUGAGUCUGGAGGACCCCAACAGUCUGGAGGAUGACAUGGGGGUCAUCGUCAUGGACACAUGCCUCACUUUUAGAGACGCUACUAUCAAAAAACGUAAAUGGCACCAGAAAAAGAGGGGAGUCCAGAACCAAAAGGGGAACCAAACCCAGCCCCAAGAUAAAGCCCAGAUCCAGCGCUCGGCUGAGGCCACCAAGAACAGCCAGCUGUGGAGUGGAGUGUUUGGUAUCACCCUGGUAGAGGGACAGGACAUGCCUGAAAAUGUCCAGGGGGACAUCUAUGUGCGCUACAGACUGGGAGAGCAGAAGUACAAGAGCAAGAACCUGUGCGUUCAAGCCAACCCUCAGUGGAGGGAGAGGUUUGACUUCAACAAGUAUGAGGACUGUCUGGAGCCACUGCAGGUGGAGGUGUUUGCAAAGAGAGGCAGGAAGAGCGAGGAAUCCUGGGGAAUGUUUGAGGUGGACCUGUCCAGGCUGCCAGUAGCCACUCAGCAGCUCUACACUUAUGUCCUGGACGAAGACAAGGGCAGGCUGGUGUUCCUGGCCACCCUCAACCCAUGCUGUGGGGUGUCCAUCAACGAAUUCAACAAAACUCCCCUGGAACAGCCAGACGAGAGGGACCAAAUCCUAGAGAAAUAUAGUUUGAAGAACUCGCACAAAAGUUUGAGGGAGGUUGGCUUCCUUCAAGUCAAGGUUGUCAGUGCCACAGAUCUCACAUCAACUGAUCUCAAUGGGAAAAGUGAUCCAUUCUGUGUACUGGAGCUGGGGAACAGCAGGCUACAGACUCACACCAUCUACAAAACACUCAGCCCCGAGUGGAAAAAAGUCUUUACUUUCCCAAUAAAGGACAUCCAUGAUGUUUUGGAGCUGACUGUCUUUGGUGAAGAUGGAGACAAAGCCCCAGACCUUCUGGGCAGAGUGGCCAUUCCAUUACUCACAGUUCAGAAUGGACAGCAGGUCACCCGGGGGUUAAAGAAAGCGAACUGGGGGGGUCCGGCCAAAGGGACCAUCUCACUGGUGAUGGAGGUCCACUAUAACCCAGUUAGAGCCGGCAUAAGAACCUUCAAACCAAUAGAGGAAAAAUUCCUGGAGGACAACCCAAAAUUUGCCAAAAAGGUCCUUGCCCAGAAUAUCUACAGAGUUCGGAAAAUCACCAUGGCACUGCUGCAUACGUUACAGUACAUUAAAAGCUGUUUUCAGUGGGAGAGCACGCAGCGGAGUAUAAUAGCCUUCCUGAUAUUCAUAGUGACGGUGUGGGCCUGGGAGCUCUUCAUGCUGCCUCUCUUCCUGCUGCUGCUCAUUGGCUGGAACUACUUCCAGAUCACCACAGAGAGGAUCAGCAGCAAUCAGGACUUGGUGAACAUGAACAUGACCGAUGAUGAGGAGGAAGAUGAGAAGGAAUCAGGGAAAAAGGGACUGAUGGACAAAAUCCAUAUGGUCCAGGAGAUCGUCAUCACUGUCCAAAACAUUUUGGAUGAAAUCGCAUGCAUCGGGGAAAGAGUCAAGAACACAUUCAACUGGUCUGUGCCCUUCCUGUCCUGCCUGGCCUGCUUGGUUCUCUUUGUGGCAACAGCAACAUUAUACUACAUCCCACUGCGCUACGUUAUCUUGAUAUGGGGCGUUAACAAAUUUACCAAGAAGCUACGCAACCCGUAUGCCAUUGACAAUAAUGAAAUACUGGAUUUCCUCAAGAGGGUGCCUUCUGAUGUUCAAAAGGUGCAGUACAGCGAGCUGAGAGCGCCCAGCGUCCAGAGCCCGCCACGGAGGAGAAGGUAAGCCCCUCGGACAUGCUGGAUGAAAGGCCCGGGCUCCUUUUGAAAAUGGCACGGCCCAGUCCGCUACGAUGGCAACGCUCCAGUGCCAGCAGAACCUGCGACCCCUCACCGCCUGCUCCCCCCUCUCCCGUGCCCCCUGCUGUGGGGGUGCAGUCAGCCGCUCUCCCGUUUGUGUGUCUGCCACCCCCCUGACAGGGGCUGUGCACUGCACCGGCUAGGGAGGCAGCACAUGGAGCUGUCAAUCACAGAGCCAGAGACGCCGUCUGCCCGCAUCCAUUCAUGCAUUUUAGAAAAAGAAUGAGAGCUAGAAAGUUUGGUUUAACUCAGACCUCUGCUGUUUGGCUUUUAUUGGUUUGAGUAGUAUAACUGAACCGCUGCAAUGCUUUGAAUCAUUUACAUUUUAUUUUCAUAUAAGGGCAAAUUGGUAUAUGUAAUACUGUGGGUGUGCUAAAUCCAUUUCAUACUUUGUGCAUUGUACAUUCCUACCAAUUUAAAUUGAUCUCUCAAAUAUAGACUUUAGGUAAAGUAUUACAGGCAUUAAUUUUGUAUUUUUAUGGUUCUCUUUUUAUGUAGGCCGAUGCUCAUAACUGUUUACUACAAAGCCUUUUUAUAUUCAAGGUGCAUAUCAUUAUUUUAAUUUGUAAAAUCAACUCUGUACAAUCCCUUUGAUCAAAUAUUUUGUAUUAUGAAGAAUAGAUUUUCUGAACCGAUUCAAAGGAAAGUUAGACAUAUGUAACUUUGAUACUCUAGUGCAACUUCUCACGUUUCCUGUUUUGAUGUCUUUCUUAUUUGUCCAUUCUCAAAUGAAAAUGUGAUGAAUUGUUAAACCUCGAAAAAUCCAAUCUCAAACUGUAGUUGCUCCACAAUGAUUUUCUUCCUAACUGCACUGGGAAUGGAUCACACCACUUCUCUCCCUGAAUACACAGUAAAUACAUCUGAUUACACAACACACCCAUUGGAACAGAGCUCAUGCAUCGGCCACCGCUGUGCCUUGGUUACCGAGCUCACAUCAAAGCCCUGUAUGUCGGUCCGGCGCAGUGGCUAAUGCAGUGCUUUUGUUGCCUUCUCACAAUAACAGGGUCCAAAUGAGCGGGCGCUCAUCUCACAGAGAGUACUCUUCAUCUUCAGCACUUAAUGCUUCACGUUUCCACUAAAAUCACCUCAACUACCAAAUGUUGGCUACACACAGGGGAUAGUCUUUCUCUCCAUGAUGGAGUUCCUGGAAGAGUAACAUAUGCUCCCUACUCCAUCAGACAUAAUCCUCAGAGGGUCUUUCACGGUUUGCUUUGAGGCAUCUUCAAAUUAUUCACAACGAUUAGCCUCAAACAUUGAUGUGAUGUUACUUAGAGAUGAUUAUUGGUGUGUUUAGAAGAUUGUUUUAGAUCUUAUAUGUAUUAGAUUUGAAUGUGAUGAUUUUCAAACAGUUUUAUCCUUGAUGGGCCUACAUUAACUGGCUCUUUCAUUGCCUUUGACAAAUUACAAUCUCUUUUUAAUGGGAAAUCAAUUCCUCAUGACAUUUCCAGACUAUGCACAUAUUGGAUAAAAUCCUUAUGGAGUAUUUCUUGCUCAUGUACCAGUGGAACUUUAAUCAUAUAACAUGUUAUCAGAGUU